AUGGCAUCAUCCACCGACUUUCCUAUUUGUACUGAUCUCGGUGCCUCUUUUCGGCCAUUUUGUCUUCCAAGGAACGGAACUCAAGUGACAGUGGAUGCUACCUACUACGUGACCUGGAAUGCCGAUUUCUAUCCUUUGAAUGCCACCAUCACCAUUGAACUGAGAUACCUUAAUUCUUCAGAAGGCGAUUCGGCAUACACAUCCGAGAGAAUUGACAACAGCUAUGGUUAUACCCAUAUACAUAUGCGCGAAGAAUGGCUGCAAGGAAAGCAGUGGAAUGCUUUGACGCUCUAUAUCAUCGAGUUAGAUGCCGUGUCAGACAAGCGAGCCAGUGCUCGACAAGGACCAACUAUUUUGCUCCACCUUCGGCCCACGGAGCACCACAAGCCUUCUCCCCAGCUGCCAUUUAACAGACUCGCAUUGUACAUUGGUCUUCCUGUCAGCCUUGGGAUUGUUGUACUUGUGGUUGCCGGUCUGUAUUUUGGAAUGCGAGAGAGUAGACGGAUUGACCUUGCAAAAAUAAAGGUGUCCCGUGGGAAAGGCUAUGGUAUUGCGAAAUCCAAAGAUCAGCGUCUGGGUUCGAAGGUAGACAUUCGCGAAGGAUCAGAAGCGUCCUCGGGAAUUGGAAGAUACACUGAUGACCUUGACACUGGCAUGUCAGAGAUAUUCCAGCCCGAGCAUCAUUGCGAUCUUGAACACAGUGCGAGCUUUACAUUCAGGCGGGACUCAUCCAAGCUGAGGAGCUGGCAAGUUUGA